UCCUCCCGGGAACGGCUCCAUCCGGGUCCCGGCCACUGCUGUGGGCGACUCGUCGCCAUUACGGGGCAGCGGCGCUCGUCUGCCAGCGCCGUCGUCGGUGCUGCAGGACUCGGUCUGUGUGACCUCCGCCAUGGACAAGAGCCCCCUCUGCGGCUCCGGUGCGCCCGGCAGCGAAGGCAGCCGCGAUCCGCCUCAGCCGGCCCCGCCGUGGGGGAGUGUGAGCCCGAAGGCGGUAAGAGCGGGAGGAGCGGCCGGCGACGGAGCUACGGGGGCCGGAGGAGCGGACAUCCAUGGGUGAUCAGCCAGCCAUGAUAAAGGAUACGGACAUGUCCGAAGAGGUGCAGCAAGAUGCUGUGGAGUGUGCCAUUUUGGCAAUAGAGAAAUAUAAUGUUGAAAGAGAAAUUGCAGCCCUUAUAAAGAGGGAGUUUGAGAAGAAAUACAGUCCCACUCGGCGCUGCAUUGUAGGAAGGAAAUUUGGCAGCUAUGUGUCUUAUGAGACCAAGCACUUCAUCUUCUUCCCCAUGCAUGGAGUAAAUAUAGUUCUGUUUAAAGCUGGUUAGAGCUGUGGGUCAUUGUUCAGAGUUGCAUGAGCUUGCAGGACUGCACACUAACGGCAGCAGCUCAGUGCCUUCAGCCUUCCUGAAGACACAAACCUUGGUCUUCAGCGGUAACAUCAGGGAUUUUUCUGGAGUGCUUGGUGGUUUUGUUGUGUAUAGGGGGAAAAAAAAUAGGCCUUCUAUUUAUUUUCUUUCCAAAGUUCCCUUCUUUACUAAUAAAAAUGUUAUGUGUAUUCCA